UGAUGUGCUUUUGAAGACAGCCGUGCCUCAAAUAUACACCAAAAGGAGAAACAUAUUUUGAAUAGCUGAACUGGCCGAGUGGACAACUCAUUUUAAUUUAGCUAAAAGUGACAGUAACGCAGUGGAAAUGACUGUCACCACAGUUCUCCGUUGGCUGUUCCUCAUGUCUGUUAUACUUCUGACCAUCGGUGGUAACAUACUGGUGUGCUUGGCAGUGGGGCUCAGCCGGCGUUUGUGGCGAACAGCUAACUGCUUUGUGGUGUCGCUGGCAGUGGCAGAUCUUCUGCUUGGCGUGUUGGUGCUCCCCUUGUCUGCCACGCUGGAGCUCCGCGACAGUAAAUGGCCUUUUGGAGGAACACUGUGUAAUAUUUACAUCUCAAUGGAUGUCUUGCUGUGUACAUGCUCCAUCCUGACCCUGUUGGCAAUCAGUGUGAACAGGUACUUGGCCAUUUCAUCCCCCCUCAGCCACUCUCAAAGAGUCACCCCACGAAGGGUGUCGCUUGCCAUCAUCUUCAUCUGGCUGCUGUCGCUGACCGUGGCUUUUUUCCCCAUCCACCUGGGCUGGAAUACAGCAGACUACAGGGUGCAAAACUUGGACUGGGAAUUUGGGGAUGAGGGCACUGAUAAAGGACGCUACUGCCAGUUUGAAUGGAACAACAACUAUGUCCUUAUUUAUGCAUUUGGCACUUUUUACUUACCACUGAUGGUCAUGUGCGGAAUGUAUCUUUGCAUUUUCAGAGUGGCUCGCGAACAGGUAAGACGUAUCCGUGCUACCACUCCAUCAUUUGCACGCUCAGCGACUGCUGCUAUAGCCCGUGAGCACAAGGCUACAGUCACCCUCGCAGCUGUACUUGGUGCAUUUAUCAUCUGUUGGUUUCCCUACUUCAGCUACUUCAGCUGCAUGGGUGUACAGGAAAAGACAAAUCCUCCCAACACCCUCCAUUCAGUCGUUCUGUGGCUAGGAUAUUUGAACUCUACCCUCAAUCCCAUUCUCUAUCCAGCAUUCAACAGGGAUUUCCGUCGAGCCUAUGGGGAACUGCUUCGCUGUCGAGGAUCGUCACGCAGGACGCUGCAGCUUACGCAUGUAACUCUGCACAAAAGAUUGACCUUUUUCAAGUUAUUCAGGGUCUCCCAAAACUCUAAGAAAAGCACAGCCGUGGUUAUGGUUGAAAGACAGAAGAGCCUAUCCUGUGAAGAAAGGCAUUGUGCAGAUGAUUCGUGGUGAAAGUUCUUUGGACAGCUUGUGUAAACAUUGCAGGUACAAAUCUUCUAAACUGUUCACAGCACCAGCUUAAGAGACUAUUCUACUGUCAGAUAGUCAUUUUGUGUUUCAAUAUGUGGGGCUAUAGAUGAAGAUGAAGUUAAAUCCAAGGUUCAAGGCAUUGCUUUCAUAGUUUUCACGUAUCUGAAGUGUCUUUAGGUGAGUUUAAUAAAGUAAUAUAUCCCAGUACAUGUUCCAGCAAAAGGCUUGGGAACACCGGUGCCUAAAGGAUGCAAACUGUUUGUUUUCUCUCCCUUCACCCAUGCAAGUCAUAGUGAAUAUGUGACCAACUAUCUGAUUUGAUAUGCGUAACCGGUUUAUGUUUCACCUGACCAGAGCAGAUUCACUUCAAGGACUUCCUGGACAUUUUAAUAGAAUUUUCAUAAAUAAAUUUAUCCUUUAGAGAUUUUUUUUAUAGCAUGGAAAGCUACUGUGGAAUGAAGAGUGUUGUUAUUAUAAUCUUGUUUAUAUAAAUACAUAGCAUAACUGUCUAAAAGCAUUUUUGCUGGAUUAAAAACAAUCCGAUUUUAGUUGUUUUGCUAAACAGGUCCUGGUUUAGGCCGAUUUGAAACAAAGUAGGGGUUGUGGGUUUGACCAGGCAAACUUGGUUAUGUUUUCAGCCCCAAAACUUGUCACUGGAUUAUGGAUAAUUGUCUAAUGCUAAGAAAAAGAGUGGGUCAGAAAAAUAAUCAGUAUCUUGAAUUACAAGGCAAGUAAUAUUAAAAUAAGUAAACUGUAUGCCUAGUUUAUUCCUACAUUCCAAAUUACUAGAUUACAAACAGCAAAAAAAAAAAACAUAA